CUUCCUUAUCCUUUCUCGACAUCUCCCCUACAAACUACCAUUAUGUGCCCCCACCAAAACGGAGACAAUAUUUCUUCCGACCGUUCUGAAAUGGUUGAGGUUCCCUUGCCAAAUGGGGCGUCUGCCAACGGAAAAAGGGGAACGUCGUCGAACCGCAACGGCCACUCUCAACGGCUCGAAAAAGAACGCCAAAAUCCCUAUGCACCUCGUGCAUCUGACUUUCUCUCAAAUAUAUCCAACUUCAAUAUUAUUGAGAGCACUUUGCGAGAGGGGGAGCAAUUUGCGAAUGCUUUCUUUGAUACCAAAACUAAAAUCGCCAUUGCCAAGGCGCUCGACGCUUUUGGUGUGGAGUACAUAGAGCUCACAUCGCCCGCCGCAUCGGAGCAAUCCCGUGCGGAUUGUGAAGCCAUUUGCAAGCUCGGUCUCAAGGCCAAGAUUCUGACACACAUUCGGUGUCAUAUGGACGAUGCUAGAAUUGCUGUUGAGACUGGCGUCGACGGUGUCGAUGUCGUUAUUGGGACCUCGUCCUUCCUACGGGAGUUUUCCCAUGGAAAGGACAUGGCGUACAUCACUAAGGCCGCCAUUGAGGUCAUUAACUAUGUCAAGUCCAAGGGAAUCGAAGUUCGAUUCUCUUCAGAAGAUUCAUUCCGGUCAGAUCUCGUUGAUCUUUUAUCGAUAUACCAGACCGUCGACAAGAUUGGGGUGAACCGUGUUGGCAUUGCGGAUACCGUGGGUUGUGCGAACCCAAGACAAGUCUAUGAUCUUGUUAGGACGUUGCGGGGCGUUGUUGGAUGUGACAUUGAAAUCCAUCUGCACAAUGAUACUGGGAUGGCCAUUGCCAAUGCGUACACUGCUCUGGAGGCGGGUGCAACGCACAUCGAUACUUCCGUUCUUGGAAUCGGUGAACGUGUUGGAAUCACUCCACUAGGCGGUCUCGUGGCUUGCCUUUACGCCGCAAAUCCGGAGUAUGUCAAGUCUAAGUAUAACCUCGCCAUGCUUCGUGAAAUUGAGAACUUGGUUGCCGAGGCCGUCGAGGUCAACAUUCCAUUCAUGAAUCCCAUUACUGGUUACUGUGCUUUCACGCACAAGGCUGGUAUUCACGCCAAGGCCAUCUUGAACAACCCUAGCACGUAUGAGAUUCUCAAGCCCGAGGACUUUGGUUUGACAAGAUACGUCUCUAUCGGACACCGUCUUACCGGUUGGAACGCCGUCAAGUCGCGUGUAGAGCAGCUCGGUCUUACCCUUACCGACGAUGAGAUCAAGGAUGCCACUUCCAAGAUCAAGGAGCUUGCAGACGUCCGAACGCAGUCCAUGGAUGACGUUGAUUCGCUCCUUCGUGUAUACCAUUCCGGCAUACAGUCUGGAGAGCUGGCCGUUGGCCAGAAGGAAGCUUUAGAUCGUCUGCUCAGGAAGCACCGGGAGCAGAGGGAUUCCAGCACUUCAAGAGAACGAAGUGAAUAAAAAUGAAGGCGAUUACUGCUUCUACUGGUGCCAUGUUGUACUUCUACAUAAUGGAUUGAUAUCUGGCACAAUGUUUGCCAUAAGACCAAA